AAGAUCUCGAAUAUCUCGAAGGUUUGGAGAGGGAAUUAACCCCUUGGGAGCAAGAGUAUUUGGAGGAGAUGCACGGGCAAAAGAAGGAGUAUGAAAGACAACUCAAGAUCAUGAAGGAGUUCGUCGAAGAAAAGCCUUUGUUUAAGUCCUAUCUAUCGGGCUAUGUUGAAGAAGAGGUUGCCGAGUGUGUGGACGAGCCGAUCGAGUACGAUGAACCACAUGCGCUCGAUGAGGGGACCAUGGGCAUGGAGCGUCAGUUCCUGUCGCUCAAGCAGGGUACUCGUACUGUUGACGAGUACGAGAGAGAGUUUACCAGACUUGCAGCUUUCGUUCCUGACCUGGUUCGUACGGAUGCACAGAGAGCACAGCGCUUCAUCGACGGGCUUUACCCAGCAGUCCGUCACAAUAUUGUAGGCCACUGGACCCAGACGUAUGCUCGUGCAGUUUCUAUUGCCCAGGAGGUGGACGCUAGCAUCAGGAGGGAGACUGUCCGUGAUCGUUCUCAGCCGUCCGCCCUCGCCCAGUCAUUCAUAGCUCCACCAGCCCUACCAGCUGCUCAGCCGACGAAGGAGAAGAAGAAGAAGGGGAAGGGUGCUCAGACCGACAGGAGGACCCGACAGAGACAGCAGCAGGUUCCACCAUGCCCGACUUGCGGACGACUUCAUCGUGGAGAGUGCCACAUGGGCCAGGACAUUUGCUACUACUGCCACGAGCCCGGACAUUUU